AGCCUGGGCCGUGGGGGCCCUUGGGCUGUGGGCGGGCACCUUCACCAUACGGUUUUUGCUGACUGGCUGCACUGCUACCACGCAGCAGCUCUGAUUGGAUGUUACGUUUUCGUCCCCUCCCCCCUUUUCACUUUUGAUCCUGCACUCUCCUGGAGGACAAGGAUGGAUGUAGAAGUGAUUCCCAUAGUUCACUCGUUAGUGCUGCGGCCAGGAGCUCAAAAGGGCGGGGUCACGUGGACAAACUGACAGGUACGAAGAAAAGGUGCCCAUGUGUUGACCGCGGUAAAGAAGCAAUCAGAUGGCCCACGUGGGGUGGCACUGACUCGCUUACUGACAACAUUCACAUAGUCACCAAGUCUGGUAGGCACUUGGGAGCCUGGAUGUGGGGUGGCAAGUGUCACAGUUGGUCUUUUGGUCUCGGGUGGACCCAAUCUGAGUCCGCACUGGAUGCCUGGCAGGGCCCUCGUGGUCCAGGGCCCUGCCCACAGCGCGGAAAGAGAAUUCAGGGGCGUUCUUCUGCAGCUCACGCUCGCACACGCUGAGUAGACACGUGCGGGCUACAAGCUGGGUAAAUACAGACCCCGAGCUGAGCCAACCCUAAUUUAGACGCCCAAACGCUGCGCGCAAGCACAAGUGUUCCUGACUCUAUGACUUUGGUCCCCGCCCCUCUUUGGCGUGCGGGGGCGGAGCCAGAGAGGGACUAGGGGCAGUGCUGUAAUCCCUAGCUCCCCCAGGUCUAAAAGGGAAGGGUCUCGGAGGGAGGCAUCCCACACCCGCCCCUAGAACUGUGCCUAACCUAUCCUUCUCUUCCCAAAUCGCUCCAAGCCCACAGACCAAUUCCAAGGGGCAUUGGUGGGAAGAGCAAAAUACGGGGGCGGAGCUCCGAGGCCAGCUAUUUAUCACAGCAUCUAAGCUGGGGGUAGAGUGGGAGUUUGAGAAGGACAGCCCAGCAGCCACCCACCCCCCAACCUCCGCAUCACGGCUGCCGAGGAUGACGCGGGAGCUUGCGGCCGCCCCCAGAAGGCUCCGGGCGAUGGGGCCGGCUUCCACACAGACCCCGGGGGUCGCUAGCUCCAGCUAGCACGCCUUCACCAAGGCGGGAGUCUGGCACACGCUCCCCCUCCCUCCCCUCCCUGUCGCCUCUGCUACCUCCCCCUCCUUGGAAACCAAGUUACCAACCUUAAACCAAUCCCAGAGCACAAUUCUGCCUCCUCCACACCCCACCCGCCCCGCCGUCCUCGAGCUCAGCUCAGCGCUCGAGCUCCCCUCUCCUCUUGUACUUUCCCGGCGGCGGCGAUGCCAGGGCCCCCGCCAGGGUUGUGCUGGGCGCUACUCGUCCUCUUGGCUGCCUUGGGUCUGGGGCUCAUCGACCUCUCAGUGGUCGCUCAGGAGCCUUUCUGGGCGGAUCUGCAGCCCCGUGUGGCCCUCGUGGAGCGCGGGGGGUCGCUGUGGCUGAAUUGCAGUACCAACUGCCCACGACCUGAGCGCGGCGGCCUGGAGACCUCGCUGCGCCGGAAUGGAACCCAGAGGGGUUUACGCUGGCUGGCGCGGCAGCUGGUGGACAUCCGAGAGCCGGAGACCCAGCCGGUCUGCUUCUUCCGCUGCGCACGGCGCACACUGCAGGCGCGUGGGCUCAUUCGUACUUUUCAGCGACCUGAUCGUGUAGAGCUGGUGCCGCUGCCUGCCUGGCAGCCUGUGGGAGAGAACUUCACUCUGAGCUGUAGGGUCCCUGGCGCUGGGCCUCGUGGGAGCCUCACAAUAACUCUGCUGCGGGGCACCCAGGAGCUGAUCCAUCGCAGCUUCUCUGGGGAGCCACCUCGAGCGCGGGGCGCGGUGCUAACGGCCACAGUACUGGCGCGGCGGGAGGACCAUGGAGCCAAUUUCUCAUGCCACGCGGAGCUGGACCUGCGACCCCACGGCCUGGGGCUGUUUGAAAACAGUUCGGCUCCCAGAAUGCUCCGAACCUUCGCACUGCCUCCGGAAUCCCCGCGCCUCGCUGUCCCCCGGCUCUUGGAAGUGGGCUCAGAAAGACCUGUGAGCUGCGCCCUGGAUGGGCUGUUUCCAGUCUCGGAGGCCCAGGUCUACCUAGCGCUGGGGGACCAGAGACUGAGUCCUGAUAUCACCUUGGAGGGGGACGCUCUCAGGGCCACUGCCACAGCCACAGCUAGCGCAGAGCAGGAAGGCACCAGGCAGCUGGUCUGCAACAUGACCCUGGGGGGCGAGACCCGUGAGACCCGGGAGAACGUGACUGUCUACAGCUUCUCGGCGCCCCUCCUGACUGUGAGCGAGUCCAGCGUCCCGGAGGGGAAGAUGGUGACAGUAACCUGCUCAGCUGGGGCCGGAGCUUUGGUUACUCUGGACGGAGUUCCAGCUGCAGUCCCGGGACAGCCCGCCCAGCUCGAGCUGAACGCCACCGUGAACGACGACAGACGCGGCUUCUUCUGCAACGCGACCCUCGAGGUGGACGGGGAGAUCCUGAGCAAGAACGAGAGCACCGAACUGCGAGUCCUAUACGCCCCGCGGCUGGACGAUUCGGACUGUCCCAGGAGCUGGACGUGGCCGGAGGGCCCAGAGCAGGAGCUGCGUUGUGAGGCCCGCGGAAACCCAGCGCCCUCUGUGCACUGCGCUCGGCCCUCUGGCGAGGCAGUGCUGGCGCUAGGCCUGCUGGGUCCUGUCACUCGCGCGCUUGCCGGCACUUAUCGCUGCACCGCGACUAAUGUCCAGGGCAAGGUGGUCAAGGACGUGACACUGACAGUAGAGUAUGCACCAGCCCUGGACAGCGUGGGCUGCCCAGAACGUAUCACAUGGCUGGAAGGAACAGAGGCCUCACUGACCUGUGUGGCACAUGGGGUGCCACCACCUAACGUGAGCUGUGUGCGCUCUGGAGAGGCUGAAGUCAUCGAGGGCCUUCUGCGUGUGGUCCGGGAGCACGCAGGCACCUACCGCUGUGAAGCCACCAAUGCUCGAGGCUCUGCGGCCAAAAAUGUGGCUAUCACAGUGGAAUAUGGUCCCAGUUUUGAGGAGCUGAGCUGCCCCAGCAAUUGGACAUGGGUGGAAGGAUCUGGACGGCUCUUUUCUUGUGAGGUUGCUGGGAAGCCACAGCCAAGAGUGGAGUGCAUUGGCUCCAGGGGCACCAGUGAAGGGGUGCUGCUGCCUCUGGCACCCCCGGACCCUAGUGUCAGAGCCCCCAGCAUCCCUAGUGAAAUUGCUGCUGGUAUCUACACCUGCAACGCCACCAACCGGCAUGGCUCCAUGGUCAAGAUGGUGUCUGUGAACGUGGAGUCACCUCCGAAAAUGAAUGAGUCCACCUGUCCGAGUCACCAGACGUGGCUGGAAGGGGCUGAGGCUGCUGUGCUGGCCUGUGCCGCCCUGGGUCACCCUUCCCCACAAGUAAGCUGCUCCCGGGAGGGUGCCCCCUGGCCUCAGCGGCUGCACGUGUCCCGACAGGAUGCAGGCACCUACCUCUGCUUGGCCACCAACCCGCAUGGCACAGAGGCUCGGACCAUUACCGUGGGUGUGGAAUACCGGCCAGUGGUGGCUGAGCUGGCUGCCUCGCCUCCAGGAGGUGUGUGGCCAGGCGGGAACUUUACCUUGACCUGCCGCGCUGAGGCCUGGCCCCCUGCCCAGAUCAGCUGGCGUGCACCCCCAGGGGCGCUCAACAUAGGCCUGUCAAGCAACAACAGCACGCUGAGCGUGGCAGGGGCUCUAGGCAGCCACGGAGGAGAGUACGAGUGUGCAGCCACCAACGCGCAUGGUCGCCACGUGCGGCGCAUCACCGUGCGUGUGGCUGGUCCGUGGCUGUGGGUCGCCGUGGGAGGUGCGGUGGGGGGCGCAGCGCUGCUGGCCGCAGGGGCCGGCCUGGCCUUCUAUGUGCAGUCCACUGCCUGCAAGAAGGGCGAGUAUAACGUGCAGGAAGCUGAGAGCUCGGGUGAGGCUGUCUGUCUCAAUGGUGCGGGCGGUGGCACAGGCGGGGGCACCAGUGCCCAAGGUGGAACAGAACCUGAGGGCACUGCAGAGGCGCCCGUGGGGGGCGAGGUCUUCGCCAUCCAGCUGACAUCAGCGUGAGCCCACUCCCCUUUCCCCGCAGGCCGGGGGACACCCCCCCAGACACAUACCAGGGGCUUAUUUUUGUUCUAUUUAUUCAUUCCUUUACUUAUGUAUUCAACUCCAGGGCAUCACCCCCAUUUUCUACCCCCCUCAAUAAAAUUUUUAUAAAGGACUCCAGGUCUGUG